GUUAAAACAACACAACUUCAUUGGCUAGCAAAUAGAUAUAACAUUGAACACAGAACACGUGUACAGUUUUCCACAGAAUAUUACACAAUACCAUGCAUAAACGCAAGCGACGAUUUCUAAAAAAGGGAGAAAACCUAAUGAUGUUGCGAGCGAUACGAUUGGAAAAGGCAAAAAAAGCUGAGCAGCAGAAGGAGCUGACGAUUUUCAACGCUAUAACCAAAUGCAAAUUAACCUCCUCGGAAGUUAUUCCCGGCGUCAAUGAGUUACUCCAGAACAAUACGAUUGGCAACCUGGUGGAGUCUCUCGGCCGCGGAAAUAAGAACAAAAUUCGAGCCGAGGCCGCAGAUGCUCUAGCUCAUAUAGCCAGUGGCUCAGCAGAGCACUCAAAUUUAAUUGCCAAGGCUGGCGCGGUGCCUCGAUUGAUUCGCCUCUUUCAAUCAUCCGAUCCUGAGGUCAGCGAAAAAGGGGUUUUGAGCUUGGGAAAUCUCUUACACUUUGCCCCAAACCUCCGUGACUUUAUCAUUAGUCACGGAUUCGUGGAAAAGCUGUUGGCCAUAAUUCAGGAUACAAACACAUCCACCUUAAUGUUGAGUCAUUUAACCUGGGUUCUAAGGAAACUGUGCAUAAGCCCUCAACCUUCGCCACCUGAUGACAUAGCUGGCAUCCUUCAGGCACUGAACAUUCUAUUGUACAAACCAGAGGCCAAGAUUCUGGAAGACUCACUUAUGGCAGUGCGUAAUUUGGCCCAUGGAAGUGAGAUGAUUCAAAUGCUCCUUGGCAGUGAAGUGGUACCCAGGAUCAUUUACCUACUGGAGCAUGAUGACGCCAUGGUGCAGAAGGCCGCUGUUCAAGCCCUGAGAAAUAUCGCAUCUGGAUCCGCGGAGCAGAUUCAAGAGUUGCUUAACCAUAAGCUUUUGCCCCAUAUAUCGGCUCUGAUGUCGCACACCGAUGCAGAUAUUCGCUGUCAAGUUCUGUGGCUUCUGCUGAACGUCGCCGAUGGAAAUCACUGCCAAAGACAAGCCAUUAUGAACUCAGGUCUGCUGCCCAAAAUACUGGAGAACUUAAAAGCCGAAGCGAUUCAAUUGAAAACUGCAGCUGCCUUGACCAUCUCCAUGCUGGCCAUCGAUAAGGAUAGGAAUCUCCUGUGCUAUCUCAUGAGACAGGGUGUAAUUCCGGAGUUCUGCAAUUUACUCUUUUACGAGGACACGGAAGUCAUAUGCAAUUUGCUGCAUGUCCUGAGCACCAUGCUAGAUGUGGACCCAUCUUUUACGGCCGAGGUGACCGGCAUCAUCGAAUGGAGUGGAGCUCUGAACAAUAUCAAGAUGCUGCAGAGCAACGAAAACGAGGAAAUCUCCUUGGUGGCACGUAAAAUCAUUAGUAACUACUUUUCCGGUAACGCCGCACAUCCCAACUAAAUUCUGAUGUUUCAGCAUUAUUCAUAUACAUUUUUACUUUUACAGCCAAAUUCCAAAACUUCUACUUCAUCAAGUUAUUUUAUAUUGAGUACAGGUUUUGGAUGAACAUAAAUUUAUUUGUACAACAAUUUUUUUUUAAGUACGUCCAUGUCCUUGAAAAAAGAUUGGGCGCGAAAGAAUCCUUUUUAUUUAGUAUUUUUUGUGUAGCAGCCGCAUCAAUUGCACUUCCGCGCAUGAAAAACAAGUUUCGUGCAAAAGCCAGAUUAUUGCAAUCAUAAAUUUUUAUGAUUUUCCCAUUGGUUGCAGCUCGAGGCGAGAGUGUGUGGAAAGUGUGGGCGGGAAAAGCGAUGGGCGUUCGGCGUUUGUGUGGGCGGCGUGGGAAAAGUGCUCGCAUACCGCACGGAAUUUUAUGUGUAUUUAAUAGCCUUGCAGAUAUGAUGCAGAAAGUUAUUACACCCAAGUCCUCCCAUUCCCGGAGCAAUGCUGUGGGAAAGCGAUAAGGGUGGGGAAAAUAAGCUAUAUGCGAGUAUACCGAUACAUUUUCCCAUAUCAGCUGCCAGAGUUUGUGUUUUUUCGGCGGCCAUUAAAAUGAAAUUUAAUAUAAACUUAGCGCAAAAUGACGAGGGCCGUAAAAAGCAUAUUGACAUUGCCACAAGAUCAAGCCAUCCCAACCAUCCAUCCAUCCAUCAAUCAAUCAAUCAGGCCUGACACCGCAGCUGUGGCAGCCACAAAAAUGUAUCCGCAGCACAGGACUCUGGUGGCAGGUAGGACGAUGCAAAAAAUGUAAUCUAAUCCAAUUACUCAACACUGGCAAACAAGGAGGGAAGGAUUCCCGGGCCGGCGCUAAUGGACGAGUCCCCAAACAUGUCGGAUAUCACAUGUCUACAGGAAAGUUAAAUAACCGAGGGCAAUCGCAGAGUAUCAAUGGCCAGGAAAAAGAGUGUGCGGAUGAGGCCAAAGCCACAGGGCCAUUUACAUCAACAACCCCAACUAACCAAACGAAUGCGUUUGAUUAUUAACCAACAGAGAUCCGGGGUAAGAGUGCAAAUCCUGGCCCGAAAAGAAAGAAAGAAAAAAGAAAUUGAAAUUCAUGCGCAUUCGAAGGGUUCUUCCCAUGCUUUUGUUAAGGCCACGGGGCUUACAAGAUGGAAUAUCCUGUUGGCUUGGGCUUUUUCGGCCCCCCAAAAGCCUUCUAUUGACGAAAUUAUCAUUUUUGUUGCUUCAAUAAAACGACAGGGCCGAAACUAAUAUGGUUUCAUCUUUACCCCCCAGACAAAGCAGACUUAGGCAUGAAAUUGAAAAUGUAACAAAGGGAAAAGUGAGAGGAAAAUGGGAAGGGAGGAAUAUGUUAGGCUGCUGAUUGGAUGCUGAAACGACUGACGCUGAUGAUGAGGUGACAAAGCCCACUGCAAACACCUUCAACUUUCACUCUUGGCCAUCGAAUGGCAAUUAUACCCAGCCAUAGUUCAAAUAUUUGCCAGUAUUUCACCAUCAUCAUCGGAAACCAUCGGAUGGCCAAACCCCGAACCGAUUAUGCAAAUUUGCCCGGGUUAACGAUUUCAUUAAAUGCCAGAACCGGCCACGCCUUAUCACCCAACUGCCCCUGCGGUCUGGCCAACUAAUUUCAAUAUCACAUCCACCGCCUCCAGGAGCUUGCAUUAAUUCUCGCACUUAGCCCACAAGCCGCAGGAGGCGUGUCCUUGCUGAUAAACAGGCACAUCCGAGCUUCCGUUUAGUCUGGACUCUUAACAAAUCCCCCCAUCCGCAUCCUGCAGCACACAGGAUGUCCUGCAUAGAAGGUAAACGGGGGCGGACACAUGGGCGCAAAGCUGAGCGACAACCCAGCAUCCAAAGGGGUCAAUUUGGAGCGUAUCAAAAAGGGACAACAGUUUUAUAAAGUCCAAGGAAAUCCCCAAAGGACAAGGGGAACUCUGUCUGGCCGGCAUAUUUAUAAACACAUUAAAAACGCUUCAGUGGCAUAUACUGGCCAGGAUAUGGGAACUUGAUGAGUUAUCAUCAAGGGAAAGGGAGUACUGGGCCACGGGCAAUAACGAA